ACUGUUGCCACUGCAGCCCUUCCUUCAUCUAUAGCAUCCACGUCAGCGUCCUCGCCUGACAGCACACCACUAGCACAAUCCACACAGAUCAUGCAGAAGAGAAUAAAGCCUAGGACAGCGGCAGAACAACUCGAGGCCGAAUUGGAAGGCGAGCUCAUGCAAGAUUUUCCCCGCACUUUGCCACCCAAGGCUGCAGCCCCGGAGCCCGCGAGGAAGCCGCCACAGAAGAAGGACCCUAAGGUGCUCAUGUUCCGGAAGAAGGUGCCGCCGCCUAAAGCACCAGCUCCGCCACCUCGUAAGGAAGAAGAAGAGGAAAGCGAGGGGGAGAUCGUUGAGCGUCCACGGGGCAUUGCCUCGUCCCGGCCUUCCACUGUACCGGUACCUCCUGCAGCUUCUACCCCGCCUCAAGCUGCCCAAACUAAGAAAAUGACCCUUGCUGAAGUCGUAGCAGCCCGUCGAGCCAAGCCCACUGCUCCAGCUCCAACCUCAAAACCUCCAACUCCAAAAUCUUCAGCUUCAAAACCUCCAACCCCAAAACCGCCAACACCGCCGACACAUCCGCUCCCACCUAAACCCACUGUAGCACUCUCUCCGAAACCCUCACUGACUCCACCGACAGCGACCCAGAAGGUAGCUAAAUCCGCUCCUGCGAAAAAGCGCGAUCGGCCAGAGGAACCGGCAGUGCAACCGUCUCCACCCAAACGCUCGAGGCCAUCGCCUCCGCUAGCACGACCACCGGUGCUGCAGCCUCCGCCAAAGAAGAAAGAAGUGGAACUUGCCUUUCCCGGCGGCUCAGAUUUCGCAUUGCCAUCGUCGUCUUCCACCUUACCUAGCAAGCCCCCAAGCAGUAAGCCGUCGUCGUUGGCUUUUCCCGGCCCUUCGAACGUUACCCCGUCGUUGCCGCCUGCUCUAUCUGCGCCUGCGCCCGCGGCGGAUGAUUCUGAGGAGGAGGAUUGGGAUGACGUCCUUCCGACUGCCCAGACCGGCGCAACAGCACCCGCAGCAGCUCCGCCUCCUGCACCGACACCGACACCUGUAUCUGCUCCUCCGUCGAUCGCGCCACGCUCCAUCACAAUGGAAGAGAUAGUCCCUGAGCCGACCGUCCGACAUGAAGAGAUCGAAGAGGUCGAAGAGGAAAUCGACGAGGACAUGUUCGCAGAAGAGCUGAACCAGCACCUAGGGGGAGACGAGGAUGAAGACUUCCUUGCCGCCGAGAUCUCGCCCGUCGUCGAGAACCAACCCAUGCCAUCUGAGGGGCGGCACCCCGUGAGCAUGAACCGGUUCGCCAGUGACCUCGAUGAAGAGGGUGACAACGACAAUAUGUGGGGAGAUGAUGACGACACCUCUAGCAGCGAUGACAGUGACGAUGACUAGAUGGAACUUGGGACUUUCUAUUUGGGUAACAACGGGAUUCUAGGACUCUUUAGUGUAGAUACCACCAUAAUGCUUACCCGUGUAAGACACCAUGUAGGCGGCCUGUGAAUGUGUCUCUCAAAUACUUUAUCGCACACACGAGCGGG